GUCUCCUGCGACGCGUGAAUCGUUGUGGCAGCACCUAGCACCGGAUAACGACAAAAUAAUGGCCCCCAUCAAUUCAGAAGAAAAUACAAAACGUCAACUGUCUAAAAUUCCCCAUGAUCUAUCAGACGAUGAGCUUGCGGACGCAGAACCAUCAUGGCAAUGGAUCUACAACUCUACCCCAACGACCGAACGAAGCGAUGGAACACAGAGCGAUAGAAAACGAAGAAAGGUAACAGGUGACAGGAUCGUCGGGGCGAGGAUUGGCCAAUUUGAAUGUAGAAUUGGAGACACUGUCAUGCUCAAAGCCGAUGGCUCUAAUGAGGCCUGGAUCGCCUUGAUCUGCGAAUUUGUUGAAGACGAUGGAGAGGGAGAGAAAGCAGCAAACUUUAUGUGGUUUUCGAGUGAAAAGGAGAUCCGAAGCAGGGACAAGAAACGAUCCGAUUACUACCCAGUCAGCUUUGAAACCCCUUGAGGCUGUUGAAUGUAGACUAAUCAAAAAUUUAUAGAAUGAACUCUACAUCUCUCCAUCAUGGGAUAUCAACCCCCUGGCAUCAAUCAACGGCAAAGCUAAGGUCAUGUCUCAAGAUGGUUUUCUUGCGAAAUACCCCCAGGGUAAGGUUCCUCGAAAUGAUCCAGACUUCGGUAAGGUCUUUGUCUGUCGACGAGGCUGCAAUACCCGCACUGCUACGUAUACAGACGAGUUUAUAUGGGAGGAAAUAUAUAGGGGCGAGCAUGAUUUGUUUGCCUUGAUGGAUAGGGUCAAGACUGGUACAAAAGUCACACGACGUCGACGAAAGGCUCGGAGCCCGUCACCUUCUGAUGAUACUUACCAUCCUGCUCAAAUUCCGCAGACACCGACCAAAACAGGACGAGGCUCGGUAGCCGCUACGCCAACUUCACGAAGGAGCCAAGCCACACCGGGCUCUCGUGUCAAAAGGAGUGCAAGCAAGAGACUUGAGUUUACACCUUUGGCCACACGCAAACUGUCGCCUAGCCAAGUUGAAUCUUCACCUUUCCAGAUAGCACGAUCUCGCUUGCAUGUCUCCUCGGUCCCAACCAGUCUUCCUUGUCGGGAAGGAGAAUUUUCUUUGGUUUAUUCUCAUCUCGAAGCAGCUAUUUCGGAUGGCACAGGUAACUGUAUUUACAUUUCUGGAACACCUGGAACAGGAAAAACAGCGACGGUCCGCGAGGUCGUCUCCAGGCUUGAAGAAGCUGUAGGCUCUGAUGAGCUGGACGAUUUCAUAUUCGUGGAGAUCAAUGGUAUGAAAAUCACGGACCCUCACCAAUCCUAUACCCUUCUCUGGGAAGCCCUUAAAGGGGAGAGAGCUAGUCCAGCGCAGGCUCUUGAUCAUCUGGAAAGAGAGUUCAGCAACCCCAGCCCUCGCCGAAUUCCUUGUGUAGUGCUCAUGGAUGAGCUUGACCAACUAGUCACCAAGAAUCAGGCCGUCAUGUACAACUUCUUCAACUGGCCGACUUUGCGACAUAGCCGUCUUAUUGUACUUGCAGUUGCAAACACCAUGGAUCUUCCCGAGAGAACUCUCAGCAAUAAGAUCAGCAGUCGACUAGGUCUAACGCGUAUCACGUUCCCUGGUUACAAUCACGAACAACUGAUGAAGAUCAUUCAGUCACGACUAGAAGGAGUCCCUGGGAAUAUCGUAGAUCCUGACGCUAUACAGUUCGCCAGUCGAAAGGUAGCCGCAGUCAGUGGUGACGCCCGAAGAGCCCUUGACAUCUGCCGCCGAGCUGUUGAGCUCGCCGAGGCCGAUGCUCCUAGUGAUCCCGCAACUCCAAGCAAGCGAGACAGUCAAACGCAACCCAAAGGUUCAGGUCGCGUUACUAUUGCGACAAUCAAGAAGGCCAUCAACGAGGCAACCACUAAUCCCAUUCAACAACACCUUCGAAGCCUGCCUUUGAUGUCCAAGCUUGUCAUGGCAGCUCUUUUGCUGCGUAUUCGAAGAACAGGUCUUGCCGAGACAACCUUCGGGGACACCCUCGAUGAGAUACACCGUGCCUGCCUUCGAGCUCCAGCAGCACUUCCAGGCGUAGCAGCAGUCCUCAACAAUGGCCUGAAAGGAACGCAGAUGGGAAGUCAGCGCCCAAUGACCAGACCCGGUCACAUUCACACAGCGGCGCUCGAAUUAGUAGCGGCCGGCCUGAUUAACCUUGAAGCUCAGCGCGCAGAGAGGUCCAGUAAGCUCCGUCUUUCUAUUGCAGACGAUGAAGUAAAAAUGGCCCUCCGUGAUGACGGGGACCUUAAGGCUUUGGGUAUCGGUGUAUAACAGUUGUAGUAUAGAACCCGAACGGCGUCCUGCGACAAUUCAUCCUUAAUAAAAACAAACAUACUACCUCUA